AUGCAGGUAUGGCAAGAGCUACGAGAGCGCGGCGGAGGUCCAAAACGGUUCCGGAUCUUCUCCGAGAGCCUCCAGCUCGCCCACUCCACCAACCGGAAAGGCCUCUCCUACCGCCUCGGCAUCAACCGCUUCUCCGACAUGAGCUGGGAGGAGUUCCGUGCGACCCGGCUCGGCGCGGCACAGAACUGCUCCGCCACGCUCGCCGGCAACCACCGGAUGCGCGCCGCCGCCGCCGCGCUCCCGGAGAAGAAAGACUGGAGGGAGGAUGGGAUUGUGAGCCCAGUGAAAAACCAGGGCCACUGUGGAUCAUGCUGGACCUUCAGCACUACUGGUGCACUUGAGGCUGCAUAUACCCAGGCAACUGGCGAGCCCAUCUCUCUUUCUGAGCAACAGCUUGUUGACUGCGGCAAGCCAUUCAACAAUUUCGGAUGUAAUGGAGGCCUUCCAUCCCAGGCCUUUGAAUACAUCAAAUACAAUGGUGGCCUUGACACCGAGGAAUCUUACCCAUACAAAGGUGUCAAUGGAAUCUGCAACUUCAAGGCUGAGAAUGUUGGAGUCAAGGUUUUGGACUCGGUUAACAUCACCCUGGGUGCUGAGGAUGAACUGAAGGAUGCUGUUGCUCUGGUUCGCCCAGUUAGUGUUGCCUUUCAGGUGAUCAAUGGUUUCAGGCAGUACAAGAGCGGAGUUUACACUAGUGACAGCUGUGGAACUACUCCGAUGGAUGUGAACCAUGCUGUUCUGGCUGUUGGCUAUGGUAUCGAAAAUGGUGUCCCCUACUGGCUCAUCAAGAACUCGUGGGGCGCCGACUGGGGUGAUGAGGGUCACUUCAAGAUGGAAAUGGGCAAGAACAUGUGCGGAGAUAUUGGGGCUUGUGAUGGGAAGUUUGCUGGGGACAUCAUCCUUGGGGAUAGCAUGAUUCUUAUCCCUGUUGACAUUGCUAGAAUUGGUGGCGGCAUUGGCAACCGUUUUGCUGAUGGAUCUUUUAAUCUUUUUGCCUCUUCAAUCCAGAUGCCUUCCUCUUUGCUGCUGAUAAGAAAACCUUCUGCAUCGCCCAUCACACAUGAAGCAGCAGCAUUAGUUUGCAAGAAAAACUAG